AUGCCUCUCAAUAUUGAUCUGAACCUUGAUCCUCCAGAAACUAGUUUUUUUUCUAUUGAUUUAAACAUGUCUCCAUCAUAUGAAGAAGAAGUUGCUUUUGACAUGAAUAUGUAUCCAUCAUAUGAUGAAACUUUCCAUGAAAAUGAAGCUGAAACAAUUUCUUCUCACAAUCACUCAAACAACAACAACGGAAACGUUGUUGUACAAGAGACACAACAAUCUAAACAAAGACGUGUUUUCUUGGAUAACAAUCAAUGGAAAAUUAUUUCUGAAGUGUUGAUAAAUUCAUGUUCUGACGGAAAGCUUAACCGUGGAACUGUUGCAAAGCUGGCUUCUUUGUAUUCGGUCUCUACAUAUGUAAUUUAUCGAAUUUGGAAGCAAACAAAAGAAAUGGGUGAUGUAUGCCAUAAAAGAACAAAAAAUUGUGGUCGUAAAAGAGUUGAGAUAGACUUGGAGAAAGCUCUUGAAGUUCCGUUAGCUAAGCGAAGCAGUCUUAGAUCUUUAGCAUGUGCAUUGGGUCUUAAAAGCAAGACAACAUUGGAAAAGUAUUUAAAAGAAGGGAAAUUGCGUCGACAUUCAAGCUCAUUAAACCCACAUUUGAAGGAUGAUAAUAUGAAAGCUCGUCUUAGAUUUUGCUUCAACAUGCUUGACGAAAAUAGCAUUCCUCACAAUCUAAUGUUUAAAUCAAUGUACAAUGUUGUUCACAUAGAUGAAAAGUGGUUUUACAUGACAAAGAAGAGUAUGAACUAUUAUCUUCUUGCUGCUGAGGAUGAUCCGCACCGAACCAUCAAGAACAAAAAUUACAUUCAAAAAGUCAUGUUUUUAGCAGCAAUGGCUAGACCCAGAUUCAAUGAUGAAGGUAACGUGACAUUUACAGGAAAAAUUGGAGUGUUUCCUCUUGUAGAAAAAGUACCAGCAAGAAGGUCAAGUGUUAAUCGAGCAGCGGGUACACUUAAAACAAAACCUAUUACUUCUAUCACAAAAGAAGUGAGUCGAAUGUUCUUAAUAAACAAGGUGUUGCCGGCAAUCAAAGAAAAAUGGCCACGAGAGCAUGCACAUGAGCCGAUUUUUAUUCAACAAGAUAAUGCACCAUGUCAUGUUUCACCAAAUGACGAAGAAUUUCAUAGAGCAUCUUCUGAAGGAGGAUUCAACAUUUGUUUGACUUGUCAACCAGCUAAUUCUCCUGAUUUAAAUGUUUUGGAUUUAGGUUUUUUCAGCGCCAUACAAUCAUUGCAACAAAAGAAAGCGACUAAAACAGUUGAUGAGCUAAUUGAAGUUGUGGAAGAUGCUUAUGAGAAUUUUGAUUGCAAAAGUUCAAACAAAAUAUUUCUCACACUCCAAACGUGUAUGGUUGAGAUCAUGAAGGAAAAGGGAUCCAACAGAUACAAAAUUCCUCAUAUGAAAAAAUAUGUGUUGCUUGCCCAAGGGAAGCUACCCACUAAACUGGAAUGUGAUCCAGAUUUAGUCCAUGAAGUUUAUGAAUACCUUUUGAAUUGA